UCACUAUCUACGGAGCCUGGAACGCACGUUGUGCGGAAGGUAACCAAGUUCGUAUUGGACGUUUGUUUUGCCUUUGUUUAGUAAAAACACAAUUAAAUUCGAAGAUAAAAAAACUGUAGUGGUGACUCAUAGUAGUCGUAAUAGUGGUGUGAGAGUAAAUCUAAUUCUUUUGUUUAUUAUAUUGUAAAUAGAGCUUUAAACAGAGUGAAUUUUGUUAUGAACAUCUAAUCUAUCACGGAAUGGUGUUGUUUUGAAUCAUCAUGACAUCACACAUAGAGGAGAGCCCUAUUAUAAAUUCGGACAUCGAACACGAUGUCACUAGCAGUCGUCGCAAUCUCGUUGAAGAUGAGUGUGUGGAGGAGACAACAGGAUGGAUCAAAUGUCGUACUGUGCUUGGUAUCAUGGGCUUCCUUGGCUUUGCAGUGGUGUACGCCAUGAGAGUGAACUUGUCUGUGGCGAUAGUAGCUAUGGUUAAUUCAACAACACCACAGACAAACUCCUCACUAGAUGUGUGCCCUGCUCCCAUACCAACUAAUACAUCUACACCAACAAGGCCUGGUGAUUUUAACUGGUCAGUACAACAGCAGGGUAUAGUGCUGGGUUCAUUUUUCUAUGGAUAUGUACUAACACAGGUUCCUGGUGGAAGAAUAGCAGAAUUAUGUGGUGGGAAAUUAGUUUAUGGUCUAGGCAUCUUCUUCACAGCUGUGUUCACAAUACUCAGCCCGAUAGCAGCUUAUACUGACUUUUCCUUCUUCAUUGCGGUCAGAGCGCUGGCAGGACUAUCAGAAGGCGUCACGUAUCCCGCCAUGCAUGCCAUGCUAGCAAAAUGGAUCCCACCAUUAGAGAGAUCGAAGUUUGCUGCUUAUGUCUAUGCUGGAUCAAAUAUUGGUACAGUAAUAACUCUACCAAUAUCAGGGUGGUUAUGCACAUUGGAAUUUGCUGGAGGGUGGCCGCUAUGUUUCUACAUAUUUGGAGGACUCGGAGUUGUUUGGUUUAUCGGAUGGCUCUUCUUUGUCUAUGAUUCGCCGCAGAAACAUCCAAGGAUAUGUCCUAAAGAAAUUGAAUAUAUUACAAGAAGUAUUGGUCCUGCUCAGGAAGACAAGCCAGCGAUGUCGAUACCUUGGUGCAAGUUCCUAACAUGCGUGCCGCUGUGGGCCAUCCUCAUAGCGCAGUGCGGGCAGGCGUGGGUGUUCUACACACAGUUCACGGAGCUGCCUUCCUACAUGAACAAUAUAUUGCAUUUUGACAUUGUCUCCAAUGCAAGAUUGAGUGCUCUUCCAUACUUGACAGCGUGGAUCGGCGGAAUACUGUUGUGUAUAUUCGCGGACUGGCUCCUCGCGAAAGGAUGGAUUUCGCGACUCAAUAGCAUGAAAUUGUGGAAUACAGUGUCGGCGUUCGUGCCCGCGUUCGGUCUGCUCGGCAUCGCGUGGGCGGGCUGCGACCGGGUCUCCGUCAUGUUGCUGCUCAGCCUCACCUCGGCCUUCGGCGGCGCCGCCUAUGCCGGCAACCAGAUGAACCACAUCGACCUGUCGCCGCAGUUCGCGGGCACGAUGUACGGCAUCACCAACGCCGCGAGCAACAUCUGCGGCUUCCUCGCGCCCUACGUCGUCGGACACAUCAUCAACGCUGACCAGCAAACUCUGGGUCAAUGGCGUGAAGUUUUCUAUCUGGCGGCGGCCAUCGACCUCGGCACGAAUCUGUUCUACUUAUUCUUCGCUAGUACUGAGGAACAGGACUGGUCCCGGCCGGACAACGACGACAUGACCGCGUCGGCGCCGGUGGAGAGCAUCCUGUUCCCCGAGUCCUAGGAGUCGCUGUGCCGCGACACUCGCACCGCAGACACGUGCCUCUAGCUCUACACUCGAUACAGCGCCUAAUGGAUAGUUGGCGUAAAGUUCUCUUUUACUUGCUAGGAGCGCGAUGGAUUUAAAUCCAUUAGGGGACUAAUUUUCAGAAAUUCUUUCAUAAAAUAAAAUUCUGCACACACUUUCCAAUGUGGGUGAUCUCCAUCGUGUACAAAAUUUUAUUUGUCUCAAGCCACCAAUGUUGGCUGUGUGUUUAUCAGCCAGUGUUAAAUAAUUUUACCUAAGUAUGAAUAUUUCUAAAUUGUUAAAAUUCGGAAUUCAAGCUUUAGGCUCGUAUUCACAAACGUUACUUAGCUAAAUUGGCUCAAUGCUGUGAUAAGUCUGUUUAUCAGUGCUUUCGGCAUGAUAGCCUGCGCGUAGGUAAAAAGGCUCCGUAAUUGGCAAAUAUUGUAAUACACUUUACUUUAUUUGGCUGUCAGGUAAAUCUAAAGAAAACUGCAAUAGCAGACGCUGUGUUUUCAGGUCCACUGUGAGUCCUUGUGGUAUUGUUUGUGAAUAGGGGUGCUAAAACAUAAUUUUACUUAGGUUUCAUCUAGAAAAAACUGCCAUCUGUCGGGAACAUUUGAUAAUAAUUAGACGAUGUGGAGUGAAGUUAUACGCGAUACACGUGUGUGAGUAAGUUCGGUUCGAAUAAUCUAUAAGAUUAAUCUAGAAGAAUUUAUAACUUAAUCAUUCAUCAAUGAAUAUAGCGAUCAUUAAAUUGUUAACUAUUUGUUAAAAUGCGCAAAAUACAUUAUUAUGAAUAUGUGUGAUUGGAUAGGUAUGCCAUUAGUAUUAUUGUUUCCAGUGGAAACAUAUUUCAAGGUAUAGCACACUGAAUAAAAACAUGAUUAAGAUUUUUUCUUAGUAACAUCUUUUGUUGAAAUGUAAUUUUCUUUGUGACCUACUUUUUAAAAAAAACAACAUGGGCCAUAUUGUACUUGUAUGUUAGAUGCAAAAAAUAAAUAAUUAAAUGCAUUUAUAAAUAUCAAAUUUUCGUAAUAUUUUUACAUGAGUUUCCUUGAAUAAUAUAUAAAAAAGAAAUUAUGAUACAUAGUACUAAUUUAUAAACAUUAUCUAGUAGUGAGGAAAAUUUCUUGAAUCAUUUUUUUCAGUCUGAAUCUAUACCUAUUUGUCACGGAUGUAUCAUGUUCAUUAGAAAUUAAAAUAGUCUGUGAUAUGUACAUACGAGAAACGUAUCAAAACGCAUAGACAAAAUACCAGUCGAUGUGAUCGGCUAAGGAAACAUACAUACAGCCUGUGUAAAUGUAAUAAAAAAAUAAUCAUGUAUAAAUAUGGGCUGAUUAAUUAAUCGUCAGAUAAAAAGUUAUUCAUCAAAUAAAUUAUAACUUAACAGAAUAGAAAAGUUUUGUCAAUAGUUUUUUUUUUUUUUACAACUGUCAUAUUUAAUUUGUUCUUGUUAUAUUUUAUUCUACGAAUAACUUUUAUCUAACGGUAAAAAUGCUAUAAGUUAUGAAUACAUUAAAUAUUGGCUGAAAAUAAUAAAAAGUAAGAUAUUAACAUAACUUAAUAUGUUUUAAACAAAAAUGUUUUUUAGACAAAUUCUUAUCUUGUAAGUAGUCUAAAGGUACGUACUCGCUAGCGUGAAGUGUCCGAAUUGGAGUAUGGUAGUUGGUACAAACCUUUGAAAAUGGCACUUUUUUGCCAUAAGAUGUAUCCACAUGAACCAACUUUGACUAAGUACCGAUUUCAAAAACGAACAUAAUCGCAAACUACAGAUCAAACCCAGGUCUAAUCAAAAUAAAUCAUAAUAUUAUGUAAAAAAAUAUUCUGAUUUGAUCAUUUUGAGUUUAUCUGUCCGAGGGUAGCGUUUAGAUCGUUUAUUGAAAUCGGCUAUGUCAAGUGGUUUCUAUAACCAGUGUGUAUAUAAGUUUAGCGCGUGGCUUGUUCCACCUUCUAAGUAGCGAAUGAAAAUAAAAUAAGAAUUUAUUAUCAAUUUUAUACGAAUAUGAAAAUGUUUUAGUGUUUCGUAAAAUAAUAUAUAAUUCAAAGCCUCAUUUAAUAUUAAAUUGACAGCAUUCCGUACGUUCAAGGGGAUUCCUCUCAUUUAUUAACUUAGGCCUGUGAGGUAUAUUUUACAGAAAUAU